GUUGUACGUUUAAAGUGUGCAUUUUUUUUUAAAUAUAGUGGUUCCAAAGUUUACACGACGAUGCGGCUUCCCUUAGGAGCCGACCUGAUCUUAAUUCCAUUGUUACUUUAUGGUGUUAAAGCCUUUCCAGCAGGGGAAUCCAAAGAUAAUCCUUCAGCAGCAAUUGCUAAUUCAAUCGCUGGUGCUGGGGGAACUGCUAUUGCAACUGCUACUAAUGAUAAAGGCAUAGCUAGUGCUAAUGCUUUUUCUCUUGGAAAUGCUAAUUCUGACACAGCUCGAAAUCAGUUACUGUCCAAUCUAUCCCGACUACUUAAUUUGAACUUGAAUAAUAUAUCAAACAAGCAAAUUUCUGACUCAUCCGAAAAUGUGCCUGAAGAUUUGAUGUUUGAUAAGAAAAGAGAUAUAGGUGGGCAAAAACCAAACGAUAAUUCUCCGCCAAAUCUGAAUUCAAGAAAUUCUUCUCCAAAAGACACUACGGAUGAUAACGAUGAUAAAUUAGUAAAUGAUAAACCUGAUGAAAAUGGACCAGGACAAGAACAAAAUAAGAAUCCUGAUAAUCCGCAACUAGAAGAUUCAUCCAAUGCGACAACAAAAGAAGAAACGAAUGCUAGUAAAGAUCAAGAAACUGAAUCAUCUACCUCAAACCAAUUCACAACAGCAUUGCCAAAUAAUGAAGAAUCCAAUACAGACCUUCCGAAAGAAGAUAAACAAGAUCAACCGGAUAAAAAACCAAAUUUAAAACCUUCAAAAGACAAAGAAUUAGCAAAAGACAAUCCCAUAGACAACAAUGAAAAAUUAGAUGACAAACCCGCUGAUGACAAGGAAACAUCAGAAGAUAAUCCAGAUAAAAUGUCUGAUGAAAUAGAAGAAAAAACGACACCACAGUCACAAAAACCAAAAAAUAAGCGGCCACAAAGACAGCCACCAAAAAGUAUAUCAUCGAAUAAAAAGAAGCCAACCACUACUACCGAAGCACCUAUAGACGACGAGGAACAAGGAGAAGACAAUCCAAUAGACGAAGAGGAACCAUCAAAUGAAGAACCUGCUGAUGACGAGAAAUCACGAAAAGAUAAUCCUGAUAAAAGUUCUGAUGAGCCAGAGGAUAAACCAACACCACCGACAAAAAAACCAAAAAAUAAACGGUCAGAAACACAGUCACCAAAAACGAAGUCACCGAACAAAAAGAAGCCAACGACUACUACUGAAGUUCCUACAGAUGAAGAGGAACCAACCGAAGACGAUACUGCUGAUGAUGAGGAACCGUCAGAUGACGAACCCAAACUCAAUGAUAACGAGAAACCACCAGAAGAUAAUCCUGAUGAAAAUUCUAAUGAACCAGAGGACAAGCCAACACCACCUUCAAAGAAACCAAAAAAUAAACGGCCGCCAACGCAGGCACCAAAAAAUAAAUCACCGAAUAAAAAGAAGUCAACAACUACUACUGAAGCACCUGUAGAGGAAGAGGAACCAUCAGACGACGAUCCGGCUGAUGAUGAGGAAUCACCAGAAAAUAAUCCUGAUAAAAGUCCUGAUGAGCCAGAGGAUAAACCGACACCACCGACAAAGAAACCUAAGAACAAACGGCCUCAGACACAGUCACCAAAAAGUAAAUCACCGAAUAAAAAGAAGCCAACGACUACUACUGAAACACCUGUAGAUGAAGAGGAACCUACAGAUGAUGAUCCGGUUGAUGACGAAGCCUAUGAUGACGAGGAACCACCAGAAGAUAAUCCUGAUGAAAAUUCUAAUGAACCAGAGGACAAACCAACACCACCUUCAAAGAAACCAAAAAAUAAACGGCCGCCAACGCAGGCACCAAAAAGUAAGUCACCGAACAAAAAGAAGCCAACGACUACUACUGAAACACCUGUAAAUGAAGAGGAACCAAUAGAUGAUGAUCCUGCUGAUGAUGAGAAACCGUCAGAUGAUGAACCCGAAACGAAUGAUGACGAGGAACCACCAGAAGAUAAUCCUGAUGAAAAUUCUAAUGAACCAGAGGACAAGUCAACACCACCUUCAAAGAAACCAAAAAAUAAACGGCCGCCAACGCAGGCACGAAAAAAUAAAUCACCGAAUAAAAAGAAGCCAACAACUACUACUGAAGCACCUGUAGAGGAAGAGGAACCAUCAGACGACGAUCCGGCUGAUGAUGAGGAAUCACCAGAAAAUAAUCCUGAUAAAAGUCCUGAUGAGCCAGAGGAUAAACCGACACCACCGACAAAGAAACCUAAGAACAAACGGCCUCAGACACAGUCACCAAAAAGUAAGUCACCGAACAAAAAGAAGCCAACGACUACUACUGAAGCUCCUGCAGAUGAAGAGGAACCAACAGAUGAUGAUCCUGCUGAUAAUGAGGAACCAUCAGAUGACGAACCCGAACCCAAUGAUGAUGAGGAACCACCAGAAGAUAACCCUGAUAAAAAUUCUAAUGAACCAGAAGACAAACCAACACCACCUUCAAAGAAACCAAAAAAUAAACGGCCACAGACGCAGUCACCAAAAAAUAAAUCAUCAAAGAAAAAGAAGCCAACAACUACUACUGAAGCACCUGCAGAGGAAGAGGAACCAUCAGAUGACGAUCCGGCUGAUAAUGAGGAAUCACCAGAAGAUAGUCCUGAUAAAAAUCCUGAUGAGCCCGAGGAUAAACCGACACCACCGACAAAGAAACCUAAGAACAAACGGCCUCAGACACAGUCACCAAAAAGUAAAUCACUGAACAAAAAGAAGCCAACGACUACUACUGAAGCACCUGCAGAUGAAGAGGAACCACUAGAAGAUGAUAUUGAAGAUUCUUUGGAUGAUCUAGAAGAGCCAGAGCCUACCACACCGGCUCCAAAGAAGCCAACGAAAAACAAACCUACCCGACCGCAUAAAUCUCCAAGUAAAAAGAAACCUACAACGACUACGACUGAAGCGCCUGAAGACACGGAGGAAUCACCGGAAGACAACUCUGAAGAAUAUCCGGAUAACCCACAAGAGCCAGAGCCUACCACACCGUCUCCAAAAAAACCAACGAAAAAGAAACCUACCCGACCGCAUAAAUCUCCAAAUAAAAAGAAACCUACAACGACUACGACUGAAGCGCCUGACGAUAUGGAGGAAUCACCAGAAGACAACUCUGAAGAAUAUCCGGAUAACCCAGAAGAGCCGGAGCCUACCACACCGGCUCCAAAAAAACCAAUAAAAAACAAACCUACCCGACCUCACAAAACGCCAAGUAAAAAGAAACCUACAACGACUACGACUGAAGCGCCUGAAGACACGGAGGAAUCACCGGAAGACAACUCUGAAGAAUAUCCGGAUAAUCCAGAAGAGCCAGAGCCUACCACCCCAUCUCCAAAGAAGCCAACGAAAAACAAACCUACCCGACCUCACAAAACGCCAAGUAAAAAGAAACCUACAACGACUACGACUGAAGCGCCUGAAGACACGGAGGAAUCACCAGAAGACAACUCUGAAGAAUAUCCGGAUAAUCCAGAAGAGCCAGAGCCUACCACCCCAUCUCCAACGAAGCCAACGAAAAAGAAACCUACCCGCCCUCAUAAAACGCCAAAUAAAAAGAAACCUACAACGACUACGACUGAAGCGCCUGAAGACACAGAGGAAUCACCGGAAGAGAACUCUGAAGAAUAUCCGGAUAAUCCAGAAGAGCCAGAGUCUACCACCCCAACUACAAAAAAGCCAACGAAAAAUAGACCUACCCGCCCUCAUAAAACGCCAAGUAAAAAGAAACCUACAACGACUACGACUGAAGCGCCUGAAGACACAGAGGAAUCACCGGAAGAGAACUCUGAAGAAUAUCCGGAUAAUCCAGAAGAGCCAGAGCCUACCACCCCAACUACAAAAAAGCCAACGAAAAAUAGACCUACCCGUCCUCAUAAAUCACCUAAUAAAAAGAAACCUACAACGACUACGACUGAAGCUCCGGCCAAAGAUAAUAGUACUCCAAUCUCUUUUGAUAGCCGUAUAGCUCCAGAUUACGAAGAGACUACUCCGAAUCAAAAUAAACAGAAUUAUUAUCCACAAUAUCCUGAUUAUCCUAAACCGAAUGGGGAUUCUGAAGAUGACGGACAAUAUCAUCCUGAAAAUAAUCCAGGUGAUGAUGGUCAGUAUCAUCCUGGUCAAUAUGAAGGUAACGUAGACGAUAUCGAAAAUCCAGAAUCCGCGUCAGAUCCUAAUAAAAACGGAGGAAACGAAGAAAAUCCAGAACCACGACCAAAUUUAAAUGAACACGAUCAACUUUCAUGGCCAAUGCCUUUAUUCCCAUCUCGUAUCCCAGUUCCAUUUCCUUUUGAACCUAAUAACGACCCAUCACCUUUUCCAUUAGAUCCUUUUAUGAAUCCUUUCUAUCAUCCAGAAUCAAUACCUCCAAAUAAUCAACCAUUCAUUAUACGAUACGCAUCAAAUCCAUUUCUCGCCGAUCUUGUAGCGGAAAUAUUAAAAACUAUGCCACCGAUGUCCCGAGAAAAUAUGUUUCCUGUUAGAAUAAAGGUAACUUCUAAUCAAGAAAACCCAUCAUCUUCGCUGGAACAUUUGUCGCCAUUUAGAAUAAAAUUGACUCCUGGAAAUUCAUUUUUUCCUCCAGCACAGUCAAUGCCGAUCAGAAUAAAUUUAUCUCCUAAUUUAAAUAAUCCUUUUGUUCCAUCUGAAAAUCCUACGCCUAUGAAAAUAAAAAUAUUCUCAAAUUCUAACAAUCCAUUUAUGAUAAAACGAGCUCCAGUGCUAUCACCACAUGAUGAUCCUUGUAAUCGCUGAAGAUUACCAAUUACCAAUUAAGGUCAGCAAUUACCGGUGAUCAAGAUUUAACGAAAUGACUGGUUAAAUUAAUUUAAUGUUGUGAUACUUUUAUAUAAAAAAUGAUGUUUUAAAUGUAAUAUAUGUAUUCGUACUUAACUAUGAUAAUAAAGUAUUUGUUACUACAA